AAGAGAAUCAAAUUCAAAAAUUAUGUCUGAAAUACCUGAAACAAUACCAUGCACAGAAGAUUUUACUCCAAUUAGGAAAGGUACAAUCAAUAAAUAUCUUUAGGAAUAUUUGUUGAACUAUUCAUUCUCUAUUUAGUUUAUAUGGUAAUUAGUAUUGCAUCAUAUUACUAAAAUCCUGAAUAAGAUGUAUCUUAACCAGGAUAAUAAAAUGAUGGAGCUGCUCCUCCAAAUCAACCUUAAGUAAUUAUUCAUAAAUAAUUAAUGAGGCCAAACCUUCAUUCAUUAGUGUUGAAGCAUUGAACAAAUUCUUUACCAUUUUUUUUGGAUAUCAUGUUAUACCUGUCGGAAUGGCUUUAUUAUAUUAACCUAGAACAUAUUCAAUUGUAAUCUGUUAUCUUCAUUUCGCAGGUAACCUUCUAUUUUAAUUAUUAGCCUAUGUUGUAAUCUUAGUGGCUUAUUAGAAGGAUAAAGAAUCCAUUUUAAAAAUAGGUUAUACAGCUUCAGGCUUAUUUAAUAUACUUCUUAUCUUGGGAGCUAUUGUUGGAUUAUCAUAAACUGAAUAUGGAUGUCUUUGA